CAACUCCCCAGCUCGAGUCUGUCCUCAAGGCCAAGUCUUUUCAGACUGUGUGUCCUCGUGUCCCCCCAGCUGCGCAUCCCCUCAACCCUCGGGGCCAGCUGCGUCAGUGGGUCAGUGCCGGGAGGAAUGUGUUGGGGGGUGCGAGUGUCUUCCAGGACUCUAUCUUCACCAGGGACGCUGUCUGAAAAGAGAUGACUGCCCGUGUUUCCAUCGCAGACGUACAUACCAAUCAGGAGACAAGAUACAGCAGAGGUGUAACACCUGCGUUUGCAGAGAAGGCCAGUGGCAAUGUACUGGGGAGAAAUGCGCUGCUCAGUGCAGCUUGAUGGGAGCGCUCCAUGUCACCACCUUUGACAAAAAGAGAUACUCGUUGCAAGGAGGAGAUUGUCCUUUUACCACUGUGGAGGACUACGUGGACCGAAAGCUAGUAGUGACCGUGCGCUCUGGUCAGUGCACAGCGGGGGGAGGAGGAGGAGGCGGUGCAACAGGCCUCGGUUGUCUCAUAGAGAUGACAGUCACAGCACUUCGAACCACCGUCACUGUCACAGACACUGGUACGGUGACACUGAACGGGCACAGGGAACUGUUGCCUGUGGUGACCGGAGACCUGGUAGUGCGAAGGGCGUCAUCUGCAUUUCUCCUAAUCCAAACUUUUGGAGCUCAGCUUCUGUGGCAUCUUGAUGGACCCCUCGUCAUCAUUACCUUGCAGCCUCAUUUCACUAACAAGGUGAGAGGCCUUUGUGGAACACUGACCUGGAACCAGCAUGACGAUUUUAUGACCCCCGAAGGAGACGUGGAGAGUAGGGUGUCAUCCUUUGCUGGCAAAUUCACUACAGAGCAUUGCACGCUAUCUGGAGGAGCCCCUCCAGACCCCUGCACUACUUACACUCAGAGAAGACACUAUGCUGACACUUUGUGCUCCAUCAUACACAGCGCCGUAUUCCAGGCAUGCCAUGAUGUAGUGGAGAGGGACCCCUAUUUUCGCCUCUGUCAGUCAGAGGUGUGCAGCUGUGCACCCCUGAAGGCCUGCCAUUGCACGGUGCUCACUGCGUAUGCCAGACACUGUGCCCAGGAGGGCAUUGCCGUGCACUGGCGUAACCAUACUUUCUGCCCGGCCCAAUGUUCCGGGGGUCAAGUGUAUCAGGAGUGCGGUCCAGCGUGCGGGCGCAAGUGUUCAGACCUGCAACACGGUUGGAGCUGCGAUGGUGAUGAAGACAAAAGUAGUGGUGGUGGUGGGCUCUGCGUUCCAGGUUGCCAAUGCCCUGCAGGUCUUGUGGAGGACGACCAAGGCCAGUGUGUGCCCACUACCAUGUGUCCCUGUGUGCAAGCAGACAAGACAUAUCUACCUGGGGAUAUUGUUCAGAACAGCUGUAACACAUGUGUGUGUGAGGGGGGUCGGUUUAACUGCACGCAGAGCCCCUGCGAAGAGGUCAACAAGUGUCCUGGCUCUCUGAUCUACGCUCCUCAUUCCUGCCUCCUCACAUGCUCCAACCUGGACCCGCCGAGUCAGCAGCAAGGUUCUGGCCUCAUGAGUUGCAGAGAGCCCCUAUCUGGCUGUGUGUGCCCCCAUGGAACUGUACUGCUUGGCGAUCGGUGUGUCCUGCCUGCCGAGUGUCCGUGCCACCACAAUGGCCGCCUGUACUACAACAACGAGACCAUCACUAAAGACUGCAACACAUGUGUGUGUAAGGAGCGCCACUGGCACUGCAGCCAAUCGACCUGCGCCGGGAUGUGUGUGGCUACCGGAGAUCCUCAUUACGUGACGUUCGACGGCCGCUUCUUCUCUUUCCUGGGCGACUGCCAGUAUGUACUGGUGAGGGAGACCAGCGGUUUGUUCAGCGUCACAGCAGAGAAUGUACCUUGCGGGAGCACCGGGGUCACCUGUACGAAGUCCGUUACCCUCAGCCUGGGGAACACCAUCAUACAUUUGCUGAGAGGCAAAGCGGUGACGGUUAAUGGGAUGCCGGUUACUUUGCCCAAGACAUACAGUGGGAGUGGUCUGACUUUGGAAAGAGUGGGCAUGUUUGUGUCACUUUCCUCCAGACUUGGGGUCACUCUGCUAUGGGAUGGAGGUAUGCGCGUGUACGUGCGCCUGUCAGCACAUUUGAGAGGAAAGGUCGAAGGCCUGUGCGGUAACUUUGAUGGGGACACGGAGAACGACUUCACCACCCGACAGGGCAUCGUGGAGUCCACUGCUGAGCUAUUUGGGAAUUCUUGGAAGGUCAGCCCAUCCUGUCCGGAUGUAGCAGACCAAGAUCUGCGAGACCCCUGCGCUGUCAAUUUGCACAGAGUGCCCUGGGCCAGGAAAAAAUGUGGCAUUUUGACUCAGGAGCUUUUUUCUCCUUGCCACCCUGAGGUGUCCUUCCAGCAGUAUUAUGACUGGUGUGUCUUUGAUGCUUGUGGCUGUGACUCUGGUGGGGACUGUGAGUGCUUGUGCACCGCCAUCGCUACCUAUGCAGAGGAGUGUAACCGCCGAGGGAUCUACAUUCGCUGGAGGUCCCAGGAGCUUUGCCCUCUGCAGUGUGAAAAUGGGCUUGUUUAUGACCCAUGCGGUCCAGCUUGCUCCCCUUCAUGCCCCAACGGGCAGCAGAGUCCGCACUCCCAUUGUGACGUCCUCUCCUGUGUGGAAGGCUGCUUCUGUCCAGCUGGGACUGUUCGAUAUGGUGACAACUGUGCAGUUCCUACCAAGUGUCCAUGUGAGUGGGAGGGAUCCUUGUUUCCUCCUGGAACUAGAAACAUUCAGCACUGCCGGAACUGUUCUUGCGAAGAUGGUGUUUGGCAAUGUGAUGGCGUGGCGUGUCCCCCUCCUGCCCCAACCUGUCUGGAACCCGAGUUUUCCUGUGCAAGUGGUCGCUGCAUCCCCACUCAAUGGGUGUGCGACAAUGAAGACGACUGUGGUGAUGGCUCUGAUGAGAUUUGUCCAUUCACCUGCUCGCCGCAACAUUUCCGCUGCGCUAGCACGCCGAGUGGACCAUGUCUGAACCUGGCUUUGCGUUGUGAUGGCCACCCAGACUGUGCUGACCAAUCGGAUGAGCAGUUCUGUGGACCUGCCACUCCAGUGCCCCUGUGCCCACCGGGGGAGUUUCAGUGCAGCAAUGGGAAAUGUCUGUCAGCCAGCCGUGUAUGCGAUGGGCGGCUGGACUGUGGCUUUGCGGAUGGUUCUGAUGAGCUAGAUUGUGGUGUGGUGUGCGAUGAAGGGGAGUUCCUUUGUUCUGGAGGAAGAUGCAUACUCUACCUUCAUCGAUGUGAUGGCCAUGACGACUGUGGAGAUCUCAGCGAUGAAAGGGGUUGUGUCUGUGGACAAACCGAAUUUCAGUGCCCCGGGGAUCGGUGUCUCCCUGCAGAGAAAGUUUGUGACGGUCACAGAGAUUGCCCAUCUGGAACAGAUGAAGCUGUCUGCCCAGCCAGAGUUACAUGUGGGCCAGACCAGUUCGCCUGUAGCGAGGGCUCGUGUGUUGACAUCACUACGCUGUGCGAUGGAACGCGAGAUUGCCCGGAUGGAGAGGACGAAAAACGAGCCAACUGCUAUUCUUUCAUAACUCCACUACCGUCACCUGUGAUCCCGACUGUGCCUACAUCAGCUUGUUGGUCUUAUGAGUUUUCCUGCGCCACCGGGGGACAGUGUAUCCCCCAAACUUGGCACUGUGAUGGCGAGUCCGACUGUUUGGACGGCAGUGACGAACAGCAGUGUCCUUCCCUGUGUGGACCUGGCCAGGUGCUCUGCCUCAGUGGUGACCAGUGCGUGCAUUACCAGCAUCUUUGCGAUGGCAACCCAGACUGCAGAGAUGCCUCGGAUGAGAGCGUUGACAACUGCGGUUCUUCCCGAAUCCCUCCCUGUCCAGGCAGCUUCUCGUGUGACAAUCGCACUUGUGUGAACAUGUCAAAAGUGUGCAACGGUAUCCCAGACUGUCCCCGGGGUGAUGACGAGCUUGUUUGUGGUAAACAUGUCUCGCCGGCGCCCCCUGGCAGGCCGAAUACCACUCUCUCCUGUCCAGAAUUCGCCUGCCUGGAUGGAUCCUGUAUCAAUUUCAACAUGAUGUGCAAUGGUAUAGCAGAUUGCCCAGAUGCCUCACUAGCACCACUCGGAGGUCCCACAGACGAGCAGGGUUGUCGAAGCUGGAGCUCCUGGGGUUCUUGGAGCCCCUGCAGCACCACCUGCGGUACAGGGUCCAUGCGCAGGCACAGAUUUUGCCCUCCUGGAGACAUUUUGCAUCACUGUCGGGGUCAGGAUAUCCAGAAGCAGCAAUGCUUCAACAUCACUUGCCCUGUGGAUGGCCAGUGGCUUCCAUGGGUGAAGUGGUCAGAGUGUUCAAGUGAGUGCGGAGGAGUGCAAAUCCGACACAGAGACUGCAUCCUGCCUCAAAACGGAGGUCGAGACUGCUUCCAGCUCCCAGGAACAUCUAACCUGAGCUUGGAAAUUAGGCCUUGUCCCGAGGAUGGCUGUCCCAACACCAGCUGUCCGGCAGGCCUGGUGAGACACAACUGUUCCCCCUGCCCAGAGUCCUGUGCCCACAUCAGCAGCAGGACCACUUGUGAUCCCAAAGCACCCUGCUUCUCAGGUUGCUGGUGUCCAGAGGGUCAGGUAAUGAGCCACACAGAGCAGUGUGUGCCGCCAGAGGAGUGUGCUUGUGAGUUGGCGGGUGUGCGCUACAGGCCAGGUCAGCAGAUGAAGGUGGACUGCGAGAUUUGCGUUUGUGAGAAGGGAAGACCUCAGAGAUGUCAACCGAACCCGGACUGUGCGGGUCGGUCUUAAAAUCUGUUCUGUUUUUUGUUUUUUUCCAUGUUCAGCAUGAACCUCACAAUUCAGCAUUAUAACCCUUUUUUUUUUUUUUUAACCCAACCAUUCCAUAGUACAUUGUGCCUG